AUUUCUGCCGGUCUACUUCCGGUGUUAUUCUUUGACGUCAUGUUGUGAUGGAUCUUCGCUUCGAGGAAAGCAAAAAUUUGUGUAGAAAUCUUGGCCUUUGGUGAGUAAUCUCUCAAUUUCUUUGCAAUCCUAGUAGAUAAUUUGCAUUUUUUAUCGAAACUACAACCCUGAAUCAUUUUCUCACUUGAAUCUGGGCUUAUUUUGUGAAAGGAAGUUUACACAUUUUGUGAAUUUUGUCUUGAAUUGCGAUUUGUUGUGGUACAUUUUUCGCAUUUCGUGCAAAAUGUUGAUGUUAUGGGGCUAUAUUCUUCUACUAAGAAUGUGUGUAUUCCCUCAGGGAGACUUUGUUAUAAAAGCUACUCCCGUUAACAUGAAUAUUAGUAGAGUUAGUUGCCCGUGUUUGCAUGAUUUACUGAAAAAACUGGAAAAUUUUUAGAGCAUAUGUAAAUACUAUUUUGAUUGAUCAAAUUCGAUAUUUCAGUGUCUUGCAAAGUAAUUUGCGGUCAGAAUCUUACUUCCAUGUACUGUAAGUGAUCGAUGUUCAUGUGUUAAGCUUUUAAUCUAAGCAAGUACAACGGGUUCGAAGUUUUUAAGGUUUUGUUUGGAAAAAAAUUUGUAUCGUAGGAUUGUAAAUUUGCAAAAUUUUAUGGCUUCACUUCCUGUCAGCAUAUUUUUGGUUUGUAAAUUUCAAUCGUUUUGGAAAUUUCCGCCCUUUACUUUCGACCUUGUUUCCUGUAAAUGUUUCUUGAUGUCCGUAGAUUUAUAACACUUGUUUUGAGUUUUUUAUAUUUGUCCUGUUUUGAAUCGAAAAAGAUGAAAAUUUGAGUGAGAAAGUGUGUGAAAUGUAUAAUACGGUUUGUUUACUUUAAUAGUGUGUUGGUGGUAGGUGUUUUAGUGCACAUUUUGAAAAUGCCUGGCAUAGUGUUCUUUUCCCCCGUAUAUUUGAAUUUCUUGUUUAUAAAUGCUUUUGCAAGUGUGUAUGUUGUGAAGUAUUUAUCAAUGACAGAAGUUUCAUGAAUGUAUUUUUGCUAGUAAUUGUAUUGUACAGACUACAGUUAUAUGUGAAACAUUAUAUAAUUGUGAUGCAAUAUUGCUGUUUUAUAUUGUAAGGUUGAACAGCCUUAUAAACUGUGAAAUUUUGUAGGCGGAUUUUGAUAAGGUUUGCUUUGCCUUUGUGCGAGUAAUCUGUCCUGCUGACAAAUGUAAUUCAACAUGGCAUAAAAACUCACGCUAGAAAACAAUCAUAACUUCCCACGGAGGAAAUUGGAAGUUAACCCCCCAACCCCUUUUGGAUGUCCUAAUACACUUACCAUUAUCAGAAACAAAAUUUUCUCCCCUCCUCCUCUUGACGGUAGAAAUUUCCUCCGCGGGGAGAGUGGAAUUUUUCUGGAAGACCCAAUAAUUGUAAAUUGUGUUUGUUCGUAGGCGUGCAAGCAUCAGGGCCAUGUGAUUGGAUAAAAUGAAAAGAACUCGAGAAGAGCACGAGAAAGUUUACGGUCAACACAGGGGAUUUCCACAUCCAGUCUUAGCACCAGCCCCAGUUGGCCUUGGUGGCAAUUUUGAAUCAAUACCCGAGAAUAUUGCUGUAUCCAUGGGAAAUUAUCAAUCUAAUCCAGCUCUACCUCAGAAUUAUCCGUAAGUUGUUGAUACUUUUUGAUUGUGAGGACAUGGUCCCAUGUGAAGAACAACCUGACAAAAGUUAAAGGACAAUAUGGAAUAGGUCCAUAAGUUAAGACAAGGACAAUGACUCGAACAGCAUAGGUAGUGACAAUAAAUUCAGAGGACAAUACACUAUCUUUGUAGCUUAUGUAUGCUAUUAUGUAAUUUCUAGGGUUGCAGGUCCUGCUGGACCAGGACAAGGCCAUAGUCCGUUGCCUUCUCAUCCUCAGGUAAAGCUUUGUUGUUUGAAAAUUAAUUUCAUAAUGAUUGUCAAUUGCACUCACAGCCCCAGUCUUAUAUAUAUCAAGAAUUUGCAACACAAUAACUGAAUAACAUGCAUCACCUUCGCGCUAGAAGAAAUCCGAUCUUCUGAAUUUCAUACCGUGCUACCCUCUAACGCAACACAUCAAUUGCUUUUAAAACACUGCAGAUUAGGAAUUCCAGUGCAUUCGGAAUAAAAGAAUGACUGCAUGCAAUAGCAUGCCUAAUGCGCCCAAUCGCCCAUGGAAUGUGAUUCAUUUGAUAGUCGGUCUUUCAUCUUGUGGUCAUACAUCUUAUUUGUACGUCUAGGCUCACAUGCAUCCCCCCGGGGCGCAGGCCCACAUGCAAGGACCUGGUGGGCCAGGGCAACAACAGUUUCAAAGACUAAAGGUAUGUCACCGCAGACAUUGUGUCUUUUAAAGAACACGCAUGCUGCAGGCGCUAGAUAAUUGAUUGCAUUUCCAUCUAUCACACAAUAAUGCUUAAGGGUAUAAAACCCACUGUUCUGGUCUUAGGUUGAAGAUGCUUUAUCGUACCUUGAUCAAGUGAAAAUGCAGUUUGGUAAUCAACCACAGGUCUAUAAUGACUUCUUGGAUAUCAUGAAGGAAUUUAAAUCACAAAGGUACUCAGAAAAGCUUUGGUUUGCAAUUAUAAUAAUAUUAUACUAUCCUACUAGUAUUUAAUAUAAAGCAAGCCUAUUAUGUAAUUUCUUAAUUUUUUCCUUUCAAAGUAUUGAUACUCCAGGUGUGAUCAGUCGUGUUUCAAACCUGUUCAAAGGACACCCGGAAUUGAUAGUUGGUUUUAAUACAUUUCUUCCACCUGGCUAUAAAAUAGAGGUUCAUCCCAAUGAUUCAAAUUCAAUAUCCUAUACAACACCUCAUCAAACAACAUUACAGAAUGCGACUUUGACUGGCCAGUCUGUACACACGGUAGGUACAUCAUGACCAAGCCAGACUGCUGGAGUGCUGGUGAUCUCUAAAUAUAAAUGUCACUAUAACUGUGGUGCACAUUUUUGCAAAAGUCUACAGUAACCAUUAAUAGGUUUAGAGUUAGGGUUACGAAUUUAACCCAAGUUGCAUGGUGCCUACUAAUGCCAGACAAUUCUGCUCAUCAAGGGCAGAGUGUUGCACUCAAUGGGUUAACUCAUUGGGCUGCAAUGCACCUGACUUUAUUCUUUUACUCUGUCUAACACCAGAUGAUUUUACUUGCCAAGUGGAGAGUCUUGACUAAUGGGUUAAGAUCAAAUCAAAAUACAAGUCUAAAAACAUUCAUUUUUUUCUUUGAAAAAUAGAUAAGCUUGACAGGAAAUCAUGGUGCUCAUAGUGUGUCCCACGUACCGUCCUUCACUCAUCUCCCACCUUCUCAACAGCCGCAGCAACAGCCGGCAACCCAACAACCCCCUACAGCACACGUGCAACAACAGUCACAACAUCAACAACAGUUGGCAGUCCUGUCGCAACAUGCAACGCAACAACAAGCAAAACUUCAGGCCAACAACAUCGGGCAACAACCACAGGCGCAUCAAAAUCAACCGCAACAGAGGUCUCUUCACUCUUCUCCAACAAAUCAAAAUCAGGUAUGGUUCCGUACUUGUAUAGUAAAUCUAGUAUAUCACUAUCGAUACCAUGAUUAUUAUUAUUGAUCACCAGUCGUCAUUAGUACUGCCAUUAGGCCAAAUAAAAAUAAUAGUUGGUUUCAGGUUUCCAACCGACCUGUCAAAAAUAUGACCGACCAUAAACAUUUUAUUGACAUGUCCCAGUAGAGAGAUCAUCUUUUCGUAAAUAGCAGAAUAUGUAAAUAGUCAUCAGACUCAUUUGUCUACAAAUUAUUUUGUUUGCUUAUAAUUUAAUUAUCUAGUCAUGUUAGUCAUAGUUUUACACAAAGAGCAGUUGAAUAAAAUAUUAAAAACGUACAUUAUUCUGACAUGGCAGCUACGGCUGAAAAAAGACGAAAACGCCUUGAUGCGUUUGUUUCUCACGAAACACAUGUGCUCGUGGGCAAUCCCAUUAUUGCAUACUUGAGAUAAAAUCUUUUUUUAAAUAAAAUAUUUUUCUGACCUACCUACCCAUAUAAAACAUGGCUGUGAAACCUGAGACCAACUAUUAUCAUCACCAAUGUCAUCGCCACCAUUAUCGCCAUCAUCAUUAUCACCAUCAUCAUCACAACCACUACCAUCGUCAUCACCACCACCGUCAUCACCACCACAGCCACAUUACCAUGACCACCCCUCUCCGCUUAAACUGAACUAUUUUCUCAAUUUAGCCACAACAACCUGUUGAAUUUAAUCAUGCAAUCAGUUAUGUAAAUAAAAUAAAGGUAUGUUUUGUGUACCAUGUUUUAAGUAUUAUGUAACAAGUUACUUUGUUGCUGUAAAAUGCAAAUCUUUGCCUGUUUCUAGACUCGCUUCCAAGGACAACCAGACACGUACAAGGCUUUUCUAGAAAUUCUCCACACAUAUCAGAAAGAACAGAAAAAUAUCAAAGAUGUGAGUUAUGCAAGAUCUCCCAUAAUUCCACAACAACAAAUGAAAAAUAUAAGUUCUAAAAUAACAUUUGUAAUUAUAUAGGCUGCUUCACAAGGAGGGAUUAUUGACCCUGAUGUAUGUAUUUAUUGCAAUGUACCAUACAGUUCUGUUUGUUUGAGUAAAAUGUAAUGGACCAUUUGCAUUAUAGACUAAAUUUUGGUCUAGACAAAAAUUUCAUCACAGCUUGAAAGAGCAUCACAAAAUUAGUAAUAUUCCAAAGUUUUGUUGCGAAAUGUUGUAAAAUGCGGAUAAUAUAGCCUUGCGAAAUUUGCAAUUUUCAGUCGUUUUGUAUUACAAAUGGGAAAUUGAUGCCCAACACCCGAUUGGGCUGUCAAUUUCCUGUGCGUAAUACAAAAUGACUGAAAAACGGCAAACUUCGCAUGGCUAUAUUAUCCGCAUUUUACAACAUUUUGCAACGAAACUUUGGAAUACUACUAAUUUUGUGAUGCUCUUUCAAGCUGUGAUGGAAUUUUUGUCUAGACUUGUCUAGAUCAAAAUUUAGUCUAUAAUGCAAAUGGUCCAUUAAUGUAUAAUAUUAUGUCUUAUUCUCAUCUUUCAUUUUUAGGGACCACAUAUCACUGAGCAAGAGGUUGGUUCUUUAAUAUUGCUUAUUUGCUGCAAUAUGUAUUUGUAUAUAUGUAUUAUAUCAACAGAACACACUGCAUUUUACCACACUGAAAAUUACAGUCACCAAAAUUCACUCUUGUUAAUUGUAGAUGUAUGUGAGAGAAGCAAAGCUUGCAAAUGAUGUGUACAAACAAGUUGCCAAACUAUUCAAGAAUCAAGAAGAUUUGCUUCAGGAAUUCAGUCAAUUUCUUCCAGAUGCUAAUGGAGCUCAAUUGACGGGCUUGGUGUGUACUUUGCUGACCUUAAUUUUAAGAUUUUUGCACAUACUGAUAUGAUAUAUUCUAUACAUAUAUUAUAUAUUUUUUAUUUUUAGGUCUAUUGAGUAUUGUACAGUAAUUUGCAAAACUAUCAUUUUCUUUACAGAGUGCCCUCUCAAAGCGAGCACACCAUCAAAUUUCAAGUGUCUCUGCGUCGUAUGGUCCACCAAGCAAAAAGCAAGCUUGUAAGUAAACUGAGAAAUGGCCAAUAGCCGUCACACACACUGCUAUAGUCUUUGUUUUACUUUAAUACAUAUAUGGUUUAUUAUCACAGUGAGCUCAAAUUCUGUCAAGAGAAACUUUGGACAAGUUCGGAGGUCGUCUACGUCUCAUCAGGGCAAGGUACUGUAAUUGUGAAGGAUAAUUUUUUUCUCUGUUUUUUUUUUAAUGACUUCCAACAAAGUGUAAUUUAUGCAUAACUCAAUAGCAUGUGCAAUUUCUAUGAUUUUUUGUCAGGUGAAAUCACGAUCUAGCGGAAUAAAGGAGAAUAACACGCCAGAUCCUAGCAGUGUUGGUUCUGUUGCUGAAUUUGCUUUCUUUGAUAAGGUAUCAUGAACUAGGCUCAGUGUAUUGUAUGCCAGUAUGGUGCAUCUGUAGGUGACGUUGUUUCGGUGGCGUGGUCAUCAGAGCAUGUGCCUGUCACCUCUGAGUUCGUGGGUUUGAUUCUCGUUACGGACUCAUGUGAAAAGAGUGAGUCAACACUCUGGCGAAAGCCGUGGGUUUUCUCCGGGUGCUUAAGUUUCCUCCCACAGGGAAAGUUGACAGGGUGGGUUAGGAUAAACAUAGUUAAGAAAGUCUUAUCACAAUUGUUGUAAAGAUAAAGUAGUCCAGGCUAAGUAUGUGAUUAGGUAAGCGUAAUACUUGAUGUAAAGCGCAUUUGAUGUGAUGUAAAUGGACCUUUCACCUUUCGACUAAAAUUUAGAUCUCAACAAGUCUAGACAAAAAAUUUAUCACAGCUUGAAAGAGCAUCACAAAAUUAGUAAUAUUCCAAAGUUUCGUUGCGAAAUGUUGUAAAAUGCGGAUAAUAUAGCCUUGCGAAGUUUGCAAUUUUCAGUCAUUUUGCAUUACGCGCGGGAAAUACAUACCUCCUUCGGAAAAAGAGUAUGUAUUUCCCGUUUGUAAUCUAAAAUGACUGAAAAUUGCAAACUUCGCAAGGCUAUAUUAUCCGCAUUUUACAACAUUUCGCAACGAAACUCUGGAAUAUUACUAAUUUUGUGAUGCUCUUUCAAGCUGUGAUAAAAUUUUUGUCUAGACUUGUUGAGAUUUGAAUUUUAGUCAAAAGGUGAAAGGUCCAUUAGCGCUAUAGCAGGGCGCUUAUAUAUAAGCGCGCUUAUAUAUAAGCGCCCUGCGCUAUAGAAAUGGUGAUCGUCUCUGUCAAGAGUCAGGCCUCUUAUUAUGCUUUCUGUAUUUGCAGGUGAGGAAAGCAUUGCGGAGUCAAAAAGUCUACGAAGACUUUCUUCGUUGUCUCAAGUUGUUCAACCAAGAAGUUAUCUCGAGAGCUGACUUGGUUCAGCUGGUCUCCUCGUUUCUGGGGUUUGUAGUAACUUUUCCUUAUAUGGUUUCAUGUAAUCUUGGUAUGUCUUUGAGUAAAAUUUUUAACACCGCUGUUUGCAGGAAAUUUCCGGAGUUGUUCAAGUGGUUCAAAGAGUUUCUUGGUUACAAAGAUUCCAGCCCGAUGGAAACGCCAGGUUUCAAGGAACGAACCUCGGGCGAGCUUGCUCAUCUUGAGAUUGGUGAGGAUAAAUAAAGAUUUACAGCCUUUUCAUAUCUUGCUUGGUUCUUGAAAUAUUUUAACUGAAAGCAGCGAGCCAAUUAAACAAGAUAGCGGAAAGCUCAUUGCUUUCAGUCAAAAUAUUCCGAUAGCUGAGUUUGGUAUGAAAAAUCUGCAACAAAAUUUAAUACAUAAUUUAAAAGUUCUUUCAAAGGAGGCAAACUAAAUUUUUAAUUCCUUGAACACACCUUUACUUCGCUUUAUUUAGACUAUUCGUCGUGCAAGCGUUGUGGUACGAGCUACCGCGCACUACCCAAAAGCUACACGCAACCAAAAUGCACUGGACGUACAGCAUUAUGUCGUGAAGUCCUUAACGAUACCUGGGUAUCUUUUCCGAGUUGGUCGGAGGACACGACCUUCUUGGGGACGAAAAAAACGCAGUAUGAGGAAUAUAUAUUCCGCUGUGAAGACGAACGAUUUGAAUUGGACGGAAUACUAGAGGUGAACUUAUCAACAGUACGUGUUCUUGAAGCUGUACAGAAGAAACUAAGUCACAUGACUUCGGAGGAACAGCAGAAGUUUCGGCUGGAUAGUUGUCUAGGUGGAACUUCCGAAGUUAUACAUAAGAAAGCAAUACAGAGGAUAUACGGUGAUAAAGCUCCAGAUAUUAUUGACGGGUUAAAGAAGACGCCUGCUGUCGCUGUUCCUCUUGUUCUGAAGAGGUGAGGGAAUGAUCUCUUACGUUUAAAAUAAGUCAUUUUAGAAUUGUUCCUGUGCCAUUACAACAGAUUUAGAGAGGUUCAAAUUUGACUUCCACGACAGCUGCCGAUAAUCAAUCAGAUGUGUUUAAUCUACCAGAUUAACCAAUCAGACGCGUCCUGAGUCAUUUAGCGGUAGUGGAAGUCGAAUGUUAAUCCCUCAGAUUCCCUCUAAAGGUCCAGACACACCGGACGCGAUUUUUCGAUUUUCACUGACCGAUAACUUUGAUUCUAGUUUAAAAUUUCCAAAUAUUUAGAAGCGCUAUAACAUUUUGAGUUAUUUGGUCUAGAUAUCUUUCAAAAUUUGCUUUUAUUGGCUAUUUUAUUAACUUUCAAAAACUAAAAAAUCGCGUCGCUUUGUCGAAUCGCGUUCAGUGUGUCUGGACCUUAAUACUGUACGUGUGUUAGAUUGUAAAUAAAGUAGAUUUACAAGCUGCUAUAUAAUGUUGUCAGGUUAAAAACAAAAGAGGAAGAAUGGCGAUCAGCUCAACGAUUGUAUAACAAAGUAUGGCGAGAUCAGAAUGAAAAGUAUUAUUUAAAGGUAAAUGAGGCACUGGCUGUUUAUUGUGUACUGUAGUUGGUUGACCAUGUGAGAAUAGUGGUCUAACAAAAUCUGAUCUUUGGUUUUGUAGUCGCUUGACUAUCAGGGUAUGACGUUCAAGCAAAAUGAUCUCAAGGCAAUGCGAUCGAAGAGCUUGGUAACAGAAAUUGAAAAUAUUUGGGAUGAAGUGAGUGAAUUUCCGUACUGUUUUGUGUUGGUAUGGUAUGGAACUGUAUACGUCAUCAUUACAAAUAUUAAGCUACGAUCUUUAAUCUCACAGAAACAAGAGCAAGUUACCGAAGGAAAUGCUGAUCAGAGUGGGCCACAUAUGAUCUUUACUUACAAGGUAUUUGACUACAAUGUUUUAAGGCCUGUUGAACCAGUCGAUGUUGGUUCAACAUUCUCUUACAUUAUUCGAUGGAACACGGUUGGAUUGGGUUUGACUUUGAAGUUUGAAUGGUCCUUGGUGUGUUGAGAUUUUAACAAGUUUUUCCUAACCGUUAUCAGGAUAAGUCCAUUCUUGAUGACGCUGCUGGUCUUAUCGUUCACCACAUGAAACGUCAAACUGGAAUUCACAAGCAAGAUAAAUCAAAGAUCAAAUCUUUGCUGUAUACCUUUGUUCCUGACUUGUUCUUUGCACCAAGGUAAGUACUAUAUGGUCACUAUGAUAUCUCAAACAUGGCGGUCCAGUGUAGGUAGGAUUCUACAAUAAACUGCCGUGGUUUGUGUUUGAACUACCUGAAAAAGAUAUCUCAAACGUGGUGGUCCAGUGCAGGUGGUAUUCUACAGUAAGCUGCUGUGGUUUGUGUCUGAACAACCUGAAAAAGAUUGAGAAUCCCGUCGAUGCUUGGAAUGAAGUUUUGUGGCUAACAAGCUUCACUAUUGAUCUUCACUUACUGUCUUUUAGAGGCGAAUUGAGUGAUGACGAAGACUCAGUAAAAGAUAGCAAUGGCAUUGGUAAAGUUGUUUUGUUCUGAUUUGUGCGAAUUGUAGCUGACUUUUGUCAACUUUUUACAUUGUCAAAUUUUGGUAUUUUAGGAAGGACUGAACUAUCCAACGGAUUACCUGAAGCGGAAUCGGUGCGUAAUCUUGGGAAGUCGGGCAGUGGUUUUAGUUUAAGAUCCUAGUACCACAAGACAUUAACUGACUAUGAAUGUGUUUGUUUCAGGAUGAUGCUUACAACUUAUUUUUUGUGAAUAAUAAUUGGUACAUCUUUCUGAGACUUCAUCAGGUUAGUACCGUCGUUGCAUCCAGAGACGAACAGUCGAGCAUCUGAAGAUUUCAAUGACCUCAGCCAACAACGUCAGAGACUAUAAUUAAACAAAUCUUGUAUGACGGAACUUUCUCUAAGCCGCAUUUUAGUAAUUCUGUGUUUGAAUAAUUAGACCAUGUAGGCUUAGUACAAAAGAUUUGUAAAUGGUCUAAUUAUUCAAUUUCUAAAUGGUCUAAUUAUUCAAACACAGAAUUUAUAAUUAAACAGUGAGUAUUAUGCCAGUGAUCCUUUGCACGCUUGUGUUUACAUUUUAUGUUUACAUUCGGCUGUAUCUGAUGAAUAUACUUUCAUCACAGACAUUUUUCAUAAGAAAACGCAACAUUUCACAAGAUAUAACGACUUACUUCGUUUAAAAGAAGAAAUAGAGUUGUUUUUCAAUAGGAUUCCGAUAAAUAUAGGCUAAUACAAAUUAAAUAUUGGAGAUCACUUAUAAAUAUCUCAAGAGUCAGCCAUUUUCUGGGACACCAAGCGCCCAAAGGAUCACUAGCACUAUACUCGUGCACUCUUUAAACAUGAUAUUGUCCGAUCAGAUUAAAAGCUGUCAACUGCUCUUGACAAACGCAUGCGAGUUCGAAUUUCAUUUUCUUUCUUUCGUAGAUGGUUUGUGAGCGAUUGUUGAAAAUGUACCAGCGAUCUGUUGAGAUCGCCGAGGGUGAGGCGUCGGACAAGAAACAAAGAAAAGAAUCCACCGCUGUCGCAUUACGACUGAAGGCUCCCGCGGAUAUUGACGUUGAGGAAUAUUACCCAGCAUUCCUUGACAUGGUGCGUAAUCUACUUGAUGGUAAGUAAAAUAUAAGCUGUUUGUUGACUCCAAUAGAUAAAGUAUACACGAGUUUUAUCGAGCGUUAAAGGACGGUAAGUAUCUACCGAAUUUGAAGAUGGGGAACAACUUACUAUAGAAGUUGUUAAGGCCCAUCAUUUCCACCCAAGAAAAAUUUCCAUGGACAGAACAUUUUCCGAAAAUAUCAUUGUUAAAAGUUGAAAAUUUUCAACUUCAAAAUUUUUUUCCGACGGAAAAUUUGUGUUGACCAAUCAUAUUUCACAAAAUUUUCUUUCCGCGGAAAAUUUUCCUGAGUGGAAAUGGGCUUUUAUAGGAGCAAGACAUUUUAGACAAGUAUAUAUGUAUAUUUUCUUGUGUAGGAAACAUGGAAACAAGUAUAUUUGAAGACACAUGUCGUGAAAUGUUCGGUGUACAUGCUUAUAUUGUCUUCACGAUUGAUAAACUUGUGCAGAAUAUUGUGCGACAGGUGAGUUGACGCAGAAAAACUAUGAAACAAGCUUUCGUUGGUGGGGAUGCAACUACCUGAUAAAUACAAGGAGAAUUUCGACGUUUCGAGCGAUGGCUCUUCGUCUGGAGUUACUAGUGGGCGGGGGCGAGAAAAUAACAUGAGCUUUUACACUAAGAAUAUAAAAGCAUUACGUGACAAAAAAUAAACCAAUCAGAUGGAUUUAGUAAAAACAAAUUAUAAACAAAAAAUGUAAACACUAUUCAGAAUAAUAGAGUAUAUUAAUACAAAUAUACAGAAAACUACAACAAAUACAACAAAAUAUAUGAGACAACUAUGGAAUAGGGUAAGAAUUAAAAGCACUAUCAAUGCCUGCUUUUGAUAGGCAAAGACAGACAGGGUUAAACAUAGGAAAAACGUUCAUUAAUGCCAUAGGGGGUGGGCAGUGCCAAGUUUGGAAAUGAGGCGCAUUUCGUGUCUUUUGCGGCUAUCGUUGCUACCAGAAAUGGACAGAGGGCUCGAAUUUUCAUAUCCGAAACACUGUGAUUCAGUUAAGCCCAGAUUAGACGAGAGAGUGCAGGAGAAUUGGCAGUUACGCGACCUAACUUUAUUUCUGUUUGUUACACUUUUCAGCUUCAGACCAUCGUCGUUGAAGACACGUGUGUUCAUGUGAUGGAAUUAUAUCAACAGGAGCAGACGCACGAAGGAGCUGGAGGGAAUUCUGCUACCCAGGUCCUCCGACAAGAAGAGGAAAUCUCUUAUCAAAAGAAAGCUGAGCAGUUGCUAAAUGAUGAGAUCUGUUAUAAAUUUAUUGUGGUAAGUGUUGAAACGGUUUCUCUGUUAUUAUUGUUCAAUAUAUAAAAGAGCUCAGAGAAAUUGAACGACCUAAAAAUUUCCACUUCUCAUAACUGCAGCACAAAGACAAGACUAUUAUCACGAUCAGUAUUGAAUUGAUUGAUACAGAAGACGCUCAUACAGAAGACAUGAUGGCAAUAGAGGUACGUGAAUGAUUCUGUUUAUUUCAUAAUAAUACACAUAUACACCAGCUUUAUACAGAAAUAUACUACACCGAAACGUUUUGGUAAUUUGUAUUCAUUUUCGUUCCUGUUUGUAGAAGUGGAAUGAUUAUGUGGACAAAUUUGUUUCGGAUCAAGAGAUCCCGCCAGAGGUCAAAGAACGCUUAAAGGUUAAACCUAUAUUUUUGCCACGAACGGCGAAGUAUAUUCGUUCUAAAACGGCAGCCGAUAAUGAACGAUCUAGAAUCGUUCGCGACGAACAAGGGAGAAGGUAUACUAUAUUAUUAAAUUAACUCUAUGAAAAGCACUAUGACACCAGUGUAACAUGGACAAUUCCACAACGUACUAUGCUGUAACGUCAAAACCACAAAAUUAAAUUCAUGUUAUUUGUGUUGUUUCAGUCCAACGGCGGGAGAAGGGGAGGAGACGUCUCCUGACAUCGUCAACGAGGAUGCUAUGGAAUUCAAAAUCUCGUCUAAUUCGUAUAAACUGAAAUUUGUUGGAGGUUCACGAAGUUUCUUUUACAGAAGACAGUCGUUGCCUAAAGCCAGACAGGUAAGUUGGGUGUCAUAUUAUGAGCUUGAUAAAAUACUACGUUUAUAGAUAGUGGAUAGCUUUAUCAGACCAGUUAUGGUCAUGCCUUUGUCCAUCUAUUGCUAUUGCAGGAGUGUCUAAACUAUCUUAGUUUAAACUGGAUAGGUAUAUUAGUUCUAACUGUUCUUCCUAGAGGUCCAGGAAUUCCUAAUUGGUGCAGUGUUAUUACAGGAGGAAACCAACGCAUAUUUUAUAGUUUGUACUUUGUCUUUGUCACUAUUCAAAGUUUUCUUUCCAUUCUAAAUAGAGCUAUCCGACCAUCACUCGAAAACUAUCAGAAAAUUUCCAACGCUGGCUUGACGCUUGGGUGAUGGAAAACGUAUCACGUGAUCAGAAAAGUACAUGUGACCAUUGGUUGGCGGGAAACACCGACGGUUUACGACAAUGUACGACGAUCAAGCAAACUGUGCGAGACCAUAUUAAAAGCUACACGAAGUACUUGGUGGAGUGGCCGGAGCCGGUAUCUGCGACUGAUACAGCUCAAGUGUGACCUGAAUUGCAUGUGUAAAAAUAAAAGAUAUAUAGACACUUCCAGAAUUUGCUUGGGUGUGGAACGAUUUCUUAAACUCUGAAACACAGCACCCUGAGUUAGGCCAAAAAAAAUAUGUGGGUUUCCGGUUUCUUCUUAUAAAAACUUAGGUAGGGUAGGUCGGUUUUAACUUUUUUUUUAAACUUUUUUUUUAAUUUUCGGAAUAAGUGGACGCCAUUUUGUUUAGUCAGUGCUUCCACAUCCAAAGAUAAAUUUCCCUAAUAUUGCCUCAAAUUUCAAUUUUCCACAAACUUUUUCCUCUAAGUGGAAACACUUGCAAGCAUGAUCCAAUAAAAAAGUUUGGGGUCGGGAUUUCGACGUCGAAAAGCUAGGUAGGGUCGGGAAACCGGAAACCCACAUAUUUUUUUGCCUUAAGUCAUAGCCACUCCCAGUCUCACAUCAUUGUCUCGUGUGCGCACAAGCAAAGUCAAGAAGUGUAUAUACUAUUAAUGUACAGUUUGUUUGCGUUAGCUAUAGUGUAGUUUGCCUGCGAGAUGUUAACUCAAUUCUGUUUUAUGAAUUGUCAUGCCGCUGUUAUGUAUAUCACUUCAUGGAUAAAAAAACUUUACAUCCAAGAUUGUGUUUUGUGUUAGUUUGUUAUUGUAACCGAUGUCAUACAUGGACGCACUGUAAUAGGUGGCUUUUCAGGAAAACAACCAAACAGCAAGUGGUUUACAAGCAAAUUAAACUCUCGAUUCUAUUUGUUGACAUCCUUUAAGUGCAAAGAACCUUUGAAAUGUAUUGUAACUUAUUUUGAAGAUUUUCGUUUGCACACUUUUUAUUGAUAUGCAAAUGUUUUAUUCAGUUUUAUUGAUAUGCAAAUGUCCGGAAUUUACGUCCCAUACGAAUAAUGACUGAUCAAAGAAUACAUUAAGGUAAACCCAUUGAACUAUAAAUAAACUGGAAGGCUAACUCAGGGGGGGAAAUUGAAG